AUGUUCGGUUUUACGCCCGAUUAUUUCAAAUAUUCCGAAGAUUUUUUCAGCGCCUACCUGAAAGACAAUAUCGGGAAUCCGAAAUCCGAAUUUUACAUUCCGACGAUGGUCAAUAAAUUGGUUGCCGACGGAAAGGCUCAGUUGCGGGUGCUGCACAGCGCGGCCCAGUGGUUCGGCGUAACCUACAAGGAAGACCGCCCGGCCGUCGUCGAACGGAUCCGCAAGUUGAUCGCCGCCGGGGUUUAUCCCGACAACUCUGGGCAUAGUCCCGCAAAAGCGCUCGAAACGAUGGAAAUAGAACAGAAUAUCUGGGGUUUUACCGCCGAAGGCGAAGCGAUCGUCCUUUACAAGAUGACCAAUGCGGGCGGCGCAUCCGUGAAGUUGACCAAUAUCGGCGCGACGGUCGUAUCGGUGGAGGUUCCCGACCGGGACGGCCGGCUCGCGAACGUGGCCCUCGGUUACGACGAUUUCAAAAGUUAUUUCGGCGACGGGCCGUGCAUGGGGAAAACGGUCGGCCGGUUCGCCAACCGGAUCCGGGGAGCGAAAUUUACGUUGGACGGGCGGCACCAUACGCACGGCGGCGGCAUCAACGGCUUUGCGAACAAAAUUUGGGAGAGCCGCGUGGAGACCGACCGGGUCGUUUUCUCGCUGUUCAGUCCCGACGGCGACCAGGGGUAUCCGGGCGACCUGAACGCCGAGGUCGUUUACGACUGGAGCGACGAUUGCGAGCUGGAGAUUACCUAUUACGCCAAGACGACCGCUCCUACUAUUAUCAACCUUACGAAUCACUCCUAUUUCAACCUCAAAGGCGAGGACCGACCGGGCGCGAUGGAUCAGUUGCUUCAGAUCAACGGAUCGAAAUACCUGCGUUACGACGCCGACUGCGUCUGUACCGGCGAGCUGGUCGACGUGAAAGGCACGCCGAUGGAUUUCAGCGAACCGAAAGCGCUGUCCGCGGAGAUCGACGCCGAUUACGAACCGCUGCGUUUCGGUUCCGGUUACGACCAGAGCUGGGCGAUCGACGGGUAUGAAAAGGGAAAACUUUCCGAAGCGGGCGUGCUGUACGACCCGCAGAGCGGACGGCGGAUGCGGAUCCGGACGACCCAGCCGUCGAUCCAUAUCUAUGCCGGAAACUAUCUGGAAGGCUGUCCGCAAAGUAUCAGCGGCCAUCCGUACGGGCGCCGCGCCGGCGUGGCGAUCGAGUGCCAGGCCUAUCCGAACAGUCCGAACUGCCCCGGCUUUCCGUCGACCGUAUUGCGUCCCGGGGAGAUCUAUAACGAGAAAAUCGUCUUCCGUUUCGAAACGGAUGCGAAUUAA